AUGAAUCGUGAGGCCUUGCGCGACACCAAAUUGCCAGACGGCACGGUCUUGAAGAAGGGCGAGGCCAUCGGUGUGGCAUCACACUGCAUGCGCGACGAGAACACGUGGGAGAACGCUGGUACCUUCCAGCCGGAUCGAUUCUUAAAGAUGCGCGAGGACCCCAACGAAGGUGAGAACUCGUGGCAAUUCGCCAGCACGAGCAGCAGGCACCUCGGAUUUGGCCACGGCGAGCACGGGUGCCCAGGCCGCUUCUUCGUGGCGCACGAGCUCAAGAUCGUCCUCUGCAACUUGCUCCUCAAGUAUGACUGGAAACUGGCGCCCGGGUGCAAGCCCAAGAUCGACGAGGCCGGCUACUUCCUAAACUCGGACCCCAAUGCCCAGGUCAUGUUCCGCAGACGUAAGGAAGAGAUCCCCCUCUAG